UCUUUCUUCCUCUGCUUUGCAAAAAUGGCGAAUACCCACAUCACAAUUCUCCUCUUUCUCCUUCUUCCCGUCUUAAUCGCCGGAGACUGUACCUGCGACACCCAAAUAUCCGCCGGAAACACAACCAAAUCACUCAAAUACAAACUAAUCGCAAUCGCCGCGAUUCUCACCGCCGGCGCAUUCGGCGUAAGUAUACCCAUCUUAGGAAGAAAGUUCGAUGCUUUACGCCCCGAAAACGACAUAUUCUUCAUGGUGAAAGCAUUCGCCGCCGGAGUUAUUCUCGCCACCGCUUUCAUUCAUAUCCUUCCCGACGCCGUCGACAGUCUUACUUCGCCGUGCUUGAAUGAGACUCCUUGGAAGAAUUUUCCGUUUGCUGGAUUCGUUGCGAUGAUGGGUUCGAUUGGGACUUUGAUGGUUGAUUCUUUGGCGACUGGGUUUUAUAAAAGGUGGCAUUUUAAGAAAGGCGGCGUACGGCGGCAGAUUGCUGAUGAGGAGAGUGUUGCGGCGGCGGCGACGACCGGAAAUCAUCAUGAUGGUCAUGUUCAUGUCCAUACUCAUGCUAGUCAUGGCCAUGCUCAUGGACCUUAUGCCGCUCACUCCGAUCAACAAGGCAUGGCGAAUUCCGAUCUCAUUCGCCAUCGCAUUGUAUCUCAGGUUUUGGAAGUGGGUAUUGUGGUUCAUUCGGUCAUAAUUGGGAUCUCACUUGGAACAUCUCAAAGUCCAACCGUGAUUAAACCUCUUUUAGCGGCUCUUACAUUUCAUCAAUUUUUCGAGGGUAUGGGACUCGGUGCUUGUAUUUCUCAGGCACAAUUCAAGUCAUGUUCAAUGGCUACAAUGGCGGUUUUCUUCUCCCUCACGACUCCGAUAGGAAUCAUGAUAGGAAUUGGUGUUUCGGGGGUUUACAAUGAGGGAAGUUCGACAGCUCUUAUCGUGCAAGGGAUAUUUGACUCUGCAUCGUCGGGAAUCUUAAUUUAUAUGGCGCUUGUGGAUUUGUUAGCGGCGGAUUUCAUGAAUCCUAGGGUUCAAAAUAAUGGAAGGCUUCAACUUGGAACAAAUAUAUCACUUUUAAUUGGAGCUGGUUGUAUGGCUGUUUUGGCAAAAUGGAAUUAAAUAUUAAUUUUGUAUGUCUAAUUCCUUUUAAUCUAUAGUUCUAGAUCUUCCA